UUAACAAUGGGGAUUGAACUUUAUUACCAGCGCGUUAAGUUCAAUUUAGAGAUUUGAUUUGAGGUCCAAGUUCCGAGUUCCUCAAUUCAACCUCAUAAAUCUUUGCGCCACAGACCCCUCCAUAAUAAUUCCUCCAUUUCUGGCUCUCCAUCCUGUCUCUCUUUCCCGAUUAAAGUUUCUUUCGACUGAAGAAACUGUUUGCGCAAACUUUUCCACAGUCUUUACAAAUUCUUUAGUAUUAUCAAGAGGUUCUGUGCAAAAUGGCGCUUCUUCAAUACAAGGCUCCCGUCAACUAUGAAGCUCAUCAAGGUGGGAAGAUACUGAAUAUUAGGGAUCUCCAUGUUACUGAUCUAAUUUCUAGAGGCUUUUGAGGACUUUUUAUCCACUUUCAAAACUUCUCCGACUGCGAACAUUACCCAUGCUUUGGGCGGCAUGAAUAUUGAUGAGGAUGAUUUCAGUGACGAAUACGAUAUGAUGGAUGAUGAAGACGACCAGAACUUAAGGAGACAGAAUAGAGCUCAAGCAAAGGUCCCCAAACUCAAGUACCUAGACCUGCUGCAAAAGGUCGCAGAUAGAUACGAGGAUGAAAUCACAAUUGAGCUUGACGAUUUAGCCAAAGUACAUGGACCGUUUCUCCACUUCCGUAAUAUACUAACAAUUGUAGUAUGAUGAUUUAUUGGAUGAAGCUGGGACUCCUCUGAACCUAGUCAACUCGAUCGAAACUAAUGCGAAGCAUUAUUUGGAUAUCUUGUCUAGGGCGGUUGAUGCAGUGAUGCCACAACCCACAAGAGAAAUCAAGUGAGUUGAGAUGUAAUCCUACAGUGGUUUAUCUGCUAAUUGAGUUUCAGUUACAAGGAUGAUGUACUUGAUGUUCUCAUGUCACAGCGAACAGCUCGAAACAAUGCCUUACGCCGUGCUGCUGCCGAGCAAAGCGAUAUAACUGUUGAGCCCGAACUUUUUCCCGCCGAACUCACAAGAAGAUAUACCCUGAAUUUCAAGCCAUUGAUCGCUUCUGGGGAUAAUUCAAAAAAAGCUCUGGCGGUGCGACAAGUCCGUGGGGAACAUCUUGGUCAUCUUAUUACAGUUAGAGGUAUUACUACAAGAGUUUCGGAUGUCAAACCAACUGUGGAAGUCAACGCAUAUACUUGUGAUAGAUGCGGUUGUGAGAUAUUUCAGCCCGUAGGGUCCAAGACCUUUGGACCAUUAGUCGAAUGCCCUUCUCCUGACUGUACGACCAACCAAACUAAAGGACAACUCCAUCACUCCACUCGAGCCUCAAAAUUCCAGCCAUUUCAAGAGAUUAAAAUUCAAGAAAUGGCCGAACAAGUUCCAGUUGGUCAUAUUCCUCGAAUGCUAACUGUUCUUUGCCAUGGAGCUUUAGUACGACGUAUAAAUCCUGGAGAUGUUGUUGAUAUUGCAGGAAUUUUCUUACCUACUCCAUAUACUGGUUUCAAAGCCAUCAGAGCUGGCCUUCUCACCGAUACGUAUCUUGAGGCACAACACGUCACUCAACACAAAAAGGCUUACGAGGAUUUAACGAUUGAUAGCCGAGUAUUCAAGCGAAUUGAGCAAUACAGAGCCUCUGGUCACGUUUACGAAUACCUUGCAAAGUCUAUCGCGCCUGAAAUUUAUGGACACUUGGAUGUGAAGAAGGCAUUACUUCUGUUAUUGGUCGGCGGUGUUACUAAAACUAUGGGUGAUGGAAUGCGGAUUAGAGGUGAUAUAAAUAUCUGUUUGAUGGGUGACCCCGGAGUGGCCAAAUCUCAACUACUCAAGUACAUCACUAAAGUGGCACCUAGAGGAGUUUACACCACCGGUCGAGGAAGCAGUGGUGUUGGUCUUACUGCUGCUGUCAUGAAGGAUCCAGUAACUGAUGAAAUGAUUUUGGAAGGUGGUGCAUUGGUACUUGCUGAUAAUGGUAUCUGCUGUAUUGAUGAAUUUGACAAGAUGGACGACACCGAUCGAACAGCAAUCCACGAAGUUAUGGAACAACAAACAAUUUCUAUUUCCAAGGCUGGAAUUUCCACGACCCUAAAUGCUAGAACUUCCAUUUUGGCAGCAGCUAAUCCUUUAUAUGGCCGAUACAAUCCCAGGAUAUCUCCGGUCGAGAACAUCAACCUUCCAGCAGCUUUACUUUCUCGUUUUGAUGUACUAUUCCUCAUACUUGAUACUCCUACCAGAGAUAAUGAUGCCCUCCUUGCUCGCCACGUCACUUACGUUCACAUGAACAACAAGCAUCCUGAUACUGAUGGUGUUGUUUUCUCACCACAAGAAGUUCGUCAAUACGUUGCUCAAGCUAGAUCCUAUCGUCCAACCGUCCCAACGAACGUCUCUGAGUAUAUGGUAAAAGCUUAUGUCAGAAUGCGCGACCAACAAUCUCGUGACGAGAAAAACAAGAAACAAUUUGCUCACACAUCUCCUCGUACCCUUCUUGGUGUCCUACGUCUAUCACAAGCUCUUGCUCGAUUACGUUUCAGUGAAGAGGUCGUUCAGGAUGAUGUUGAUGAAGCACUUAGACUUGUCGAGGCAUCGAAGGAGAGUUUGUAUGCUGAUCAAGAUGGAUACAGAAAGGAUUCAAGUCCAAGCAGUAGAAUUUACAACAUGGUUAGAGCUUUGGCUGAAGCUGGUCAAUGCCGACCGGAAGAGGCGGAUGAUGAAGAUGACGAAGAGACGUUGGGAAUGGAGUUGAGUAUGAAGAAGGUGAAGGAGAGAGUUAUUGCCAAGGGAUUCACAGAGGAUCAAUGGAGAAAUGCAGUAUUGGAAUACACAGAUCUUGAUGUAAGUUCUGGCUUCCAUGUAUUGUUUUUCACCGAACUUUUACUGACUAUUAUUAGAUUUGGCAAACUGCUGGUAAUGGAACGAGAUUAUUAUUCGUCAUGUCAGAGGCAGCACACAUGGCGAGAGAUGAAGAAUAUGAAAUGGAGUAAUUUUUAUCAAAUGGGAUGAGACAAGAUUUAAAUAUGUUCAUGUAGUCGAGGCGUUUAUUGGAUUAGGGAUAUUGAUAUGGCGUUUAUUUCUUGAGCUGUAUGAGAUACCGAUAUAAGAGAGCAUUAGUUGAAUACCUAGGUCCUUAUUAUAAAUCCACCAAAUGUCUCCAAAGGUCUAGAAAGCAACCCGAUCACUUUUUCAUCGAAUUUUAAAAUUUUGAAAUCACGGUUGAUCAAUCCGAUAAUUAGGACUAUUACAUCAAAUAAAUUGAUUAGUUAGUUGCAGAUAUUUUCAAUAAUUAUCAAAUAUCUUUCAUUGUUAGACUGCAAUCCCGAGUAUUAUUACAUAUCCAUCUAAUCUUCCAUCUUCCCGCUUAUUGACUCUCGUCUGGUAUUUGGCUUUAGUGAUGAAUUAAUCCAAUAAACAUUC